GGAGAAGCACCUUCAAAUAUAGGAUCUGGUGGUUCAGCAUGGAAAACUGUAGCUCACAAAUGUGUAAAGCUUUUGGCUGGGAUGGCAGCCCGGACUUGGUGGGAGUAGGGAUGCUGGCUACCUACACCAUACAAGCAAUCCUAGUUACCCUUUAUCUGUUCGCAAUCCUUGGAGUUCGUCUCGACAAACUACCACCACAGGUACAGAGCUCGCGCAUACUCUCCCGGACAUUACAUUCCGUACAGCACUCGACGGCUGAGUUUCUCUCGGCGUCCUCAGUAUUUUCCCUUUCUAUACUUAUUGCCUCUAUUAUUUCGAUUUCCUACUACGAAGAACUUCGCCCCAUGACCUGGAUUCUUGCACUGAUUAUAUCUUUGAAUUCCGUCUUCCCAGUCGCCAUACUACACAUAUCUACAUCAACGAUGCUUCGGAGAUCCAAGGGGAGGGUUUUCAUGUGGUUUAUCAUAGACAUCCUGCUUAUUGGCUUGACCGUACGAAGCUCAAUACUCUUUGCAGAAUUCUCGGCAUACGACGCAUGGAUAGAAUACGAAACAAAUCCAUGCGCAAGAAUUUCACUCCAUGGAAUCGCAGUUUUCUCACAUAUAAUCGCUGGCUUCUUGUGUCUUGGUAUUACUGGAUAUAUUGUCGAUUUCAUGGUUUCUGUAAUUCGGAAUCGACCGGCGAUGAUGGUGCGGCUUCCUGAUAUAGCUCAGUGGGGAGUAGUCGGUGUGUGUAUAUGCACCAUGUGGGGUUUCCUCGGUUGGCUUCUCAACUUGGCAAUCAAGAUACAAUCUCGCGCCGGAGACAAUAACAAGGACAGCGAAUGGACUUUCGGACAGGUGUUGUCGCUCGCGACAUGGGUACCCUUCGUAGUAGAGUUUGCUUAUAUCUGGUGGGAAGACCCAUUGCAGGCGCUGCAUGGGCGACUGAUGGCACCAUAUGAGGUUGUUGUAUCAUCAAGGGAACAGAGUCUGUUAGAGAUGCGACCCUCAGGCGGAGACGAAGCAAGAGGCCGUUUCCAGAGACUGGAGUAAAUCCUGUAUCUCUUUAUACCGCUUCCUACCGCAGCAGCAGUGGCACCUUCCUACGGCAAAGGUAAGUUUCUGCUUCUUCAGGAUGACAUGUCCCGCCUCUUGUGAAAAAUUUGCUUUGGAUGAAAGCAUCUUAACCCCAUCUCAACAGGACUCCACGGGAUAUCUGUUCUUGAACAGAAGUUUUCUGUACUCCAGUAAUGCCGACGGAUCUCAAAGAUAUAUGACGUCAGCUGCAUCUGCUACUCUUAUCCGAGACCUGCGUUGAACCCGCUGGUGCCACAGACCGCAGCUGUGCGAG